AUGAGGCGACUCAGCUUCAACGCAAUCGACGAGGCUUCAGACCUGAGCAUCGAGGCUUUGCUGCAGAAUGGAAGCAAUCCACUUCUCGAUAUAUCCGCCGGACAAGGUUCGCUGCAGGCAGAGAAAGAGUAUGAGCAUUUGGAGACUGAGAUUGGACAACCGAGCUCCCCGAAUGAACUUCAAUAUCGCAUGUUCAUGGAUUUCGUAUACCAGUGGCGGUUCUUUACUGACGACAGUACAACCUGGAAAUACCCUUCAUCACUCCUUUUCCGCAGACUUUGUAAUGCGUUCUUGCGUUUUGCCGCUUGGGACUUGGAAAUAUCCUCUGAAUGGGAGAUUGCAAAGCUGCCGCUAGGCGCUGAGUCAUAUCCUGCCUGGGACAGUCAUCCUGCAGAAGUCUACUGGUUUCAUGGGUUUCUCGUCGUUCUUUGCGAGGAUCUCGAGACACUAUCGUCGAUAGCGACCGCUGUAUCACGAGCAAGAGAGUCAGUAGGUCAUUUAAAAGGUAGAGGAAAUGAAGUGAACUGCAUAUUGAUAUCGCUGAGCGACAUCGCUUUCGUACAACUUUCGGCAGAUAAGAUACGGUGUUCGACAGUAUUCCCGCUGCUCACCAACUCCUCCGCAACGGAAUGCUCAGCUGGUUUCCGCAUCUUGACGUAUUUUUUCACAUCUCCUUACGUCAAGGAAGGAGAACGGAAUCUUGCAGCACGAGAAGUUUCAAGCAUAGCUCUUCCCACGGAAGUUCUUGGAAUGGUUCUCAACGCCGUGGCGCCUUAUGAUAUGGUUUCAUUUGCCCAGGCCUCCUUCAUAGUUAAGAACUGGUAUUACUCCUCGCUUCCGCAACUUCCGAGCAUGGCCAUCCAUCACCGCGAUGUUUCGAUUCCUUGUUGUGGGAGAAAGGCCAACCGCAAUCGAAAGGAGGGAGUGUGUUGUUCUGAUUGUUAUGCAUGGCGACACUCAGAAUGCCUAGUCCCGAGUGACCUUACGCCAGAAGAGUGCUACAUAUGCUCCAAAUGUCUCAUCUCUAGAGAGCAAUCCGGUGCUCGGCCGAAAUUAAGACCGGGCGCUAUCGGACUUGAAAAUCGCCGAGGCGGUAGACCAGAUGGAUGCCGUGUUACGAUAUGGAAGCAGGAGAAAGUCUUGCAGUUGAGGGUCACGUCUCCGGCGGUCAUGAGACCUGAGUUGAGAUUGAGGGACCGCGAUCUUACCUCGACGCCACCGAAUCAAAUUGAUUAUGUUGUGCUUUUUGGAGGGUCGUGGAGCGGUCUUGUCUAUGGGUUGGAUGAUGUGCAUUCUGAGGCGAGGAUAUGA